AUGGCGGAAGGAAAGCGGAAGGGAGGGCGGGGACGGAGACAGCCAAAUCUGAAAGAGAGCCAAAUUGUUAGGCGCAAGCCAACGUUUGGAAAGCUAGCGGGGCAGUCCGACUGGCUGGCUGGGCUAGGGAGGAAGACAGUAGGCAGCAGGCAGCAAGCAAAAGGCAGGAGCCGAGCUCAGGCAAAACACCAGGACGCGGCUCCUCGCCGCCCAAGCCGCCCUGCCCCUGCUCAGCUUUCUCUACCUCUACCCUUGGGCGGACGCGAGAGCCGCUGGGGGGAGGACAGCGCCAGCCUGCUGCUGCUGCCCCCGGCGCCGGCGGCUACAAGGCUUGGAGGACGGAGAGGAGGAGAGGCAGGCAGGAAGAGCAAGGGCUGCGGUGGCGGCCACCCUUAUGCGGAGAGGAUGCUGGAGAGCGGUGGCUGCAAAGCUCUGAAGGAGGGAGUGCUGGAGAAGCGCAGCGAUGGGCUGCUGCAACUGUGGAAAAAGAAAUGCUGCAUCCUCACCGAGGAGGGUCUGCUGCUUAUUCCCCCCAAACAGCUGCAGCAGCAGCAGCAGCAGCAGCAGCAGCAGGGGGCCGCGGCAGAGCAACCCCAUCCGAGCCCUCCAGCCACCGCUGCCGGCCUCGAGCCACCUGCAAAGCUCAAGGAGCUGCAUUUCUCCAAUAUGAAGACGGUGGACUGCGUGGAGCGUAAAGGCAAGUACAUGUACUUCACUGUGGUCAUGGCUGAGGGCAAGGAGAUCGACUUUCGGUGCCCCCAGGACCAGGGCUGGAACGCAGAGAUCACGCUGCAGAUGGUGCAGUACAAGAACCGUCAGGCCAUCCUGGCCGUGAAGUCCACUCGGCAGAAACAGCAGCACCUAGUGCAACAGCAGCAGCAGCAGCAGCAGCUUUCGCGGAACCCGUAUCCUCACCCGCAUUCUCACUCCCAACAGCACCCGAACCCGCACGCACAACCCCAGCAGCUGCCUCCGCCACCAGCUCAGCAGCAGCAGCAGCAGCAGCUGCAGCAGCUGCAGCAUCCGGGCCACCGCCUACUCCGCAGCACCUCCAACUCCGCCUGAAUGGGUAGAGUUCAGCUGCCUCCUCACCCAAACCAGACCAGGUUGAAUUAAAGAACUCUUCGGAAAGAACUUCUUCAGUUGGAAAACUAAAAAACAACUCCUCCACCAGAUUUGGACCUCACCUUUGUGGUAACCUGUGGCUUGCUCCCCAUCCCAAUUAGUUUUCUGCACAGCCCUCAUCAAAAUGCAGGGAAGAAUUUAGAGUCAUGAAGACUUUGACAGUUAUUUAUGAACCUUGGACGGUUUUUAACCUUUGACGGUUAUUUAUGAACCGUCAUCUUCUAGAUUGUUGGGACUUUCUAGGAGAAUUGAUGUACUGUAAUUUCAUUUUAAUGUAUUUUAAUUUGCAAUUAUUUAUUAAUUUUUCUUAAUUCUCAGACAUUUCUGAAUGUAGGCCAUUUUCAAGAAACAAUUUGUCAAACCCCAUUGCCAAAUUCUGAUCCUUGAAGAUGUGGGAAUGGGAUGUGAGAAGAUGUGGGGAAAAGAGACAGGAAUGAAGACUUUAAUAAGGAUACCAGGUUGACAUAUCAGGUUGCCAGGUUGACUAUGAUGGUUUAGGUUUUUUAUUUGAGCUAUAUUUUGGGUAGAAUUUAGUUAAAAUCAAUUGGGUAUUUAUGAGAAUGUUUCUCUGAAAGAGAACAAAACUUGGUUUCAAAAUAUUUAUUGAAAAUUAUCUAGCUGGGGGCAGCUAGAUAGAUAGUGCAGUGAAGCCCUGAAGUUAGG